AUGUUAUCCCUCCAUCAACUACUGCAUUCCAAAUCGAUUCCCCAUGAAGAAAUCAGGGAAACAAUCAUUGCCGCCUUUGAUGCAUUCCGCAUCAAGGGUCAGCAAUACUACAUUGAAAAACAUUCUAUUGACUGGGAUGAUCCCAUCCUCUUUCCACCUCAACUUUACCCUGGUUUGGAGGUAAUGACAAGACCUUCCGCCUUGAAAUCUCAACAUUUGGGAGGGUCUAAUAUGGUUCCCUUCACGCUGAGUCCACAGCUCCUCUGUUCCUCAACAAACAACGGUCACCCAGCAGAAACACGACCUGUAUCCACACUCCUUUCAGACAGUCGAGCCAAAGCUGUUUCUACCACCUCCUCCCUUAGUUCCGCUGACACCAUCCACACACACCAGGAACGUCUUAUUCAACCUCUCCCCUCCCACGCAAGGAAGGAUGACCAGUCAAGCUCGUCAAGGUUAACAUUGGAUGACCAGUCAAGCUCGUCAAGGUUAACAUUGGAUCAACAUUCCAACACGACCAGCUCCACGGAUGUCCCGAAACUUACCAUCCGUCUCCCCACCAGCCUACCUACCACAUCUACUCACAAUCCUUCCCCCCUUGCGCCUAUUCCUACUAUCAACGUCAUUGACUCUGCAGUCACACCACGGGGUUCCGAUCUUCACAAAUGCAAGCAAGAGAAGCAGGGGGGUGUUAACGCAGGAAUGGGAGGGAGAGAUGACGAGGAAGAUGCAUAUGUACCCCCUGCUCACAAAUGCAAAGUGAUCAUUUUCAUCUCUGUGAAGCCAAGUCCUGCAGACGAACUAUGGUGUGCUCUGUGCAUCAAGCAGGAGGAAUUACACUGCGAUCACCGGUGUACCAUUUGUCAACAAAAGGGCAUCUCCUGUGUUCCCCCUCCUAUCGACUCACGCUGGUCAACAUGCGACGGAUACCGUGAAAACACCAGCAAGAAGGCUUGCUCAAUGCAGUCAUAUUUCAAGGGACAGAAACUCCAACACAAGGCAUUAGCAUUAACUGCCUGGUCCAAUCAAGCAUUUGCACAAGGCAAUGCCACUCGAUGA